UGCUCUAGGAUGCUGCGGCAGGUUCUGCACAGGGGCUUGAGGACGUGUUUCUCCAGGCUUGGCCACUUCAUUGCCAGUCACCCGGUCUUCUUCGCUUCGGCGCCGGUGCUCAUCUCCAUCCUGCUCGGCGCCAGCUUCAGCCGCUACCAGGUCGAAGAGAGCGUGGAGCACCUGCUGGCGCCCCAGCACAGCCUAGCUAAGAUCGAGCGCAACCUAGUCAACAGCCUCUUCCCGGUCAACCGCUCCAAGCACCGGCUCUACUCGGACCUUCAGACCCCUGGGCGCUACGGCCGGGUCAUUGUCACCUCCUACCAGAAAGCCAACAUGCUAGACCAGCAUCACACGGACCUGAUCUUAAAGUUGCAUACUGCUGUAACCAAGAUCCAGGUUCCAAGGCCUGGCUUUAACUAUACAUUUGCCCACAUAUGUGUCCUGAAUAAUGAUAAGACUUGCAUUGUGGAUGACAUAGUACAUGUCCUGGAAGAGCUAAAGAAUGCUCGGGCCACCAAUCGGACCAAUUUUGCUAUCACAUAUCCGAUCACUCAUUUAAAGGAUGGAAGGGCUGUCUAUAAUGGGCACCAACUUGGAGGUGUCACUGUACACAUCAAGGAUCGGGUGAAAUCUGCAGAGGCCAUUCAGCUCACCUACUAUCUGCAAUCAAUCAACAGUCUCAAUGACAUGGUUGCUGAGAGGUGGGAGUCCAGCUUCUGCGACACUGUCAAACUAUUCCAGAAAUCCAACAGCAAAGUCAAAAUAUACCCGUACACAUCCUCGUCACUGAGGGAAGAUUUCCAGAAGACCAGCCGUGUAUCAGAACGUUACCUGGUCACCAGCCUGAUCCUGGUAGUCACCAUGGCCAUUCUGUGCUGCUCUAUGCAGGACUGUGUCCGCAGCAAACCCUGGUUAGGCCUACUUGGAUUGGUGACCAUAAGCCUAGCCACUCUCACAGCAGCUGGGAUAAUCAAUCUUACUGGUGGAAAAUACAAUUCCACCUUCCUGGGAGUCCCUUUCGUCAUGCUAGGUCAUGGAUUAUACGGGACUUUUGAAAUGUUAUCCUCGUGGAGGAAAACUAGAGAAGAUCAACAUGUUAAAGAGCGAACUGCAGAAGUCUAUGCAGACUCCAUGCUCUCCUUCUCUCUCACCACUGCCAUGUACUUGGUCACCUUUGGCAUAGGGGCCAGCCCUUUCACAAACAUUGAGGCAGCCAGGAUUUUCUGCUGCAAUUCCUGUAUUGCAAUCCUUUUCAACUACCUCUAUGUACUCUCAUUUUAUGGUUCCAGCCUUGUGUUCACUGGCUACAUAGAAAACAAUUACCAGCAUAGUAUAUUCUGUAGAAAAGUUCCAAAGCCUGAGGUAUUACAGGAGAAGCCAGCAUGGUAUAGGUUUCUCCUGACAGCUAGAUUCAGUGAGGAAACAGCUGAAGGUGAGGAAGCAAACACUUAUGAAAGUCACUUAUUGGUAUGUUUCCUCAAACGCUAUUACUGUGACUGGAUAACCAACACCUAUGUCAAGCCUUUUGUAGUCCUCUUUUACCUUAUUUAUAUUUCCUUUGCCUUAAUGGGCUAUCUGCAGGUCAGUGAAGGGUCAGACCUUAGUAACAUCGUAGCAACUGCAACACAAACCAUUGAGUACACUACUGCCCACCAAAAGUACUUUAACGACUACAGCCCUGUUAUUGGGUUUUACAUAUAUGAGUCCAUAGAAUAUUGGAACUCUAGUGUCCAAGAAGAUGUUCUAGAGUACACUAAGGGUUUUGUGCGGAUAUCCUGGUUUGAAAGCUAUUUAAAUUAUCUUCGGAAACUCAAUGUGUCCACUGACUUACCUAAGAAAAAUUUCACAGACAUGUUGAGGAAUUCCUUUCUGAAAGCUCCUCAAUUUUCACAUUUUCAAGAGGACAUCAUCUUCUCCAAAAAGUACAAUGAUGAGGUUGAUGUAGUGGCCUCUAGAAUGUUUUUGGUGGCCAAGACUAUGGAAACAAAGAAAGAAGAACUCUAUGAUCUCUUGGAGACCCUGAGGAAGCUUUCAGUCACCUCCAAGGUGAAGUUCAUUGUCUUUAAUCCGUCUUUUGUGUUCAUGGAUCGAUAUGCCUCCUCUCUGGGAGCCCCCCUGCACAACUCCUGCAUCAGUGCUUUGUUCCUGCUCUUCUUCUCGGCAUUCCUGGUAGCAAAUUCACUGAUUAACGUCUGGAUCACUCUCACGGUUGUGUCUGUGGAGUUUGGAGUGAUAGGCUUCAUGACAUUAUGGAAAGUCAAACUGGAUUGUAUUUCUGUGCUAUGCUUAAUUUAUGGAAUUAACUACACAAUCGACAACUGUGCUCCACUGUUAUCCACAUUUGUUCUAGGCAAGGAUUUUACAAGAACUAAAUGGGUAAAAAAUGCCCUGGAAGUGCAUGGGGUAGCUAUUUUACAGAGUUACCUCUGUUAUAUUGUUGGUCUAUUUCCUCUUGCAGCUGUGCCUUCAAAUCUGACCUAUACACUGUUCAGGUGCUUGUUUUUAAUAACAUUUGUCACCUUCUUUCACUGCUUUGCCAUUUUACCUGUGAUACUGACUUUCCUGCCACCCUCUAAGAAAAAAAGGAAAGAGAAGAAAAAUCCUGAAAAUCGGGAGGAAAUUGAGUGUGUAGAAAUGGUGGAUAUUGAUAGUACUCGCGUGGUUGACCAAAUUACCACAGUGUGAUGGUAUUCAUAUAUUUUCACCCUAGGUCUUACCAAGAACAAAAUGCUUGUGUUGCUGAAACAAUUAAAGUCAAAGUU